AGGAGCUAUGGAGAACGGAAGAGCAGACACUCUGCAGAUAAGGCAAGUCCUGCUUCUCUUUGUUUUGCUAGGAAUAUCUCAGGCGGGUUCCGAGUCUGGGCGCUUUUCUGUGGCAGAGGAAAUGCAGAGUGGGAGCUUUGUAGGCAACUUGGCAAAGGACCUGGGAGUAGAAGUGGGUGAGCUGGUCUCAAGGGGGGCUCAGGUGGUCUCUAAUGAUAACAAAAACCGUUUGCAGCUGGACAAAAACACCGGGGAUUUGCUCUUAAGCGAAUCGCUAGACCGCGAGGAGCUCUGUGGCUCCACUGAGCCUUGUGUGCUGCAUUUCCAGGUGUUAAUGAAAAACCCUUUGCAGUUUUUACGCAUUGAGCUCCAGGUCACGGACAUAAAUGACCACUCUCCCAUAUUCUUAGAAAAAGAAAUGCUCCUAGAAAUCCCAGAGAAUAGUCCUGUUGGUGCUGUGUUCUUACUAGAAAGCGCGAAGGAUUUAGAUGUAGGAAUCAAUGCUCUGAAGAACUACAUAAUAAGCCCCAACUCUCAUUUCCACAUUAAAAUGCGAGUCAAUCCGGACAAUAGGAAAUACCCAGAGUUGGUUCUGGACAAGGCACUGGAUUAUGAAGAGCAGUCGGAGCUCAGUUUCAUCCUUACUGCUCUGGAUGGUGGGUCUCCACCUAGGUCUGGGACUGCAACUGUCCGGGUGGUGGUUGUGGACAUUAAUGACAACUCUCCCGAGUUUGAGCAACCAUUUUAUGAGGUGAAGAUUCCAGAGAAUAGCAUAUUAGGCUCACUCAUUGUCACCGUCUCAGCUUGGGAUUUAGACUCAGGAAAAAAUGGAGAAAUAGCAUAUUCUUUUUCCCAUGCCUCAGAAGAUAUUCGCAAGACAUUUGAAAUUAAUCAAAAGUCUGGAGAAGUCAGUUUAACAGCAUCCAUGGAUUUUGAAACAAUUGAAUCAUAUUCAGUAAUCAUUCAAGCUACAGAUGGGGGAGGUCUCUUUGGAAAAUCAACAGUCAGAAUUCAGGUGAUGGAUGUGAAUGACAAUGCUCCUGAAAUAGCCAUAUCGUCAAUUAUCAGUCCAAUCCCAGAAAAUUCGCCUGAGACUGUGGUUAUGGUUUUUAGCAUCCGAGACAGAGACUCUGGGGACAAUGGGAGGAUGAUUUGUUCUAUCCCAGAAGACCUCCCUUUCAUGCUAAAAUCUUCAGUUGAGAAUUAUUACACUUUGGAAACGGAGAAAAUGCUGGAUAGAGAGAGCCAGGCCGAGUACAACAUCACCAUCACCGUCACCGACUUGGGGACCCCCAGGCUGAAAACGCAGCACAGCAUAACCGUGACGGUCUCCGACGUCAACGACAACGCCCCCGCCUUCAGCCAAACCACCUACACCCUGCGCGUCCGCGAAAACAACAGCCCCGCCCUGCACAUCGGCAGCGUGAGCGCCACGGACAGGGACUCGGGCGCCAACGCCCAGGUCACCUACUCGCUGCUGCCGCCCGCGGACCCGCAGCUGCCCCUGGCCUCCCUGGUGUCCAUCAACGCGGACAACGGGCAGCUGUUCGCGCUCAGGUCCCUGGAUUACGAGGCGCUGCAGGCGUUCGAGUUCGGCGUGCGCGCGGCCGACCGCGGCUCGCCCGCGCUCAGCAGCCAGGCGCGGGUGCGCGUGCUGGUGCUGGACGACAACGACAACGCGCCCUUCGUGCUGUACCCGCCGCAGAACGGCUCUGCGCCCUGCACCGAGCUGGUGCCCAGGGCGGCCGAGGCGGGCUACCUGGUGACCAAGGUGGUGGCGGUGGACGGCGACUCGGGCCAGAACGCCUGGCUGUCGUACCAGCUGCUCAAGGCCACGGAGCCCGGGCUGUUCGGCGUGUGGGCGCACAACGGCGAGGUGCGCACGGCCCGGCUGCUGAGCGAGCGCGACGCCGUCAAGCACAGGCUGGUGGUGCUGGUCAGGGACAAUGGCGAGCCGCCGCGCUCGGCCAGCGUCACGCUGCACGUGCUGCUGGUGGACGGCUUCUCGCAGCCCUACCUGCCGCUCCCGGAGGUGGCGGCGGCCGAGGCGCGGGCCGACCCGCUCACCGUCUACUUGGUCGUCGCCUUGGCGUCCGUGUCGUCGCUCUUCCUGUUCUCGGUGCUGGUGUUCGUGGCGGUGCGGCUGUGCAGGCGGAGCCGGGCGGCGUCUGCGGGUCGCUGCUCGGGGCCUGAGGGCCACUUUCCGGGCCACCUGGUGGACGUCAGCGGCGCGGGGACGCUGUCGCAGAGCUACCAGUAUGAGGUGUGUCUGCGGGGAGGAUCUGGAACCAAUGAAUUCAAGUUCUUGAAGCCGAUUAUCCCGAACCUCCCACCCCAGUGCUCUGGGAAAGAAACGGAAGAAAAUCCUACCUUCGGCAAUAGCUUUGGGUUCAAUAUAUAGUGACAUAAGUAGCUUUUAUAUUCCACAUAUGACACUUUUUUGUUGCCCCUUCCAAAUCAAUGCUAUUUCCCCUAAUUUGUGUGUAUUUUAAAUUGUAUUCAGUGUACAUUUAUACUGUCACAAAUUCUACCCAUUUUUACUUUUAAGAGAAUG